AUGGAAACGCCAGGGCCAUCCAACUCGAUUCUAGAGUUGAAAAGAAGAGAUAGCAACACAAAGAUCUUUUCUCGAAAUCAGAAGUCACAUGGUGAGAAAGCUAUACUUCAAGCCAAGUUCAAGGAAAAAAUUAAAGCUGGAAAGUUUCAUGAUUCUCUUAUCGAGGAUUGGACUUUCCACGGAGAUGUUGAUACAAGCCGAUUGGAAGAGGAGGAUCUAUACAAGACGAACCGCAGUGGACGAAAUCUGAUUCACCAGAUCAUUACCGAGUCAUCUGUCGAAGAAAUGCCUCUCGUCCUCACCCCUCAGGUUCUGAAAGUUAUUCAGCUGUUGGUUCUCCGAGAUCCUGCGUUUUUCACAGCUGAAGAUAACUCUAAGAAUAUCCCUAUACGUGAAGCUGCAAAAUUUCAGCUUCCUGUUCUUUUUCACGUCCUUGAUCUUCUACUUCCUACAUCACUAUACGAUGAUGCGAAGCUUCAAGUUGACUGUCAAGACGUUCAGGUAAACUGCCCUCUAUGGCAGGUUCCGACAGCACUCAGAGAACACUUCUCAAAGGAAACCGACCAGAGCUCAGAUGAGUCUAUCCACCAGGACUCAUCCAAUACUUGUCUUCACGACAAGAUUGACGUUCACCAGUUGGUGGACUAUAACAAAAAUUUACAGCAAUGUUUAAGAACAGCACUUCAUCAUCAAGAAUGCUCUCUUGCAUGUUUGGAAGCAAUUCUUCAUGAUCGUAAUUUCGAUAGAGACUCCUCAAUGAAUCAUAUAGACCGCUUGGAGACUUUCAAGGUCUUUCUUAGUCUCUGUCCUGAUUCGAUUUUUGGAUUCGCUCCAUUUGACAAGUUUACUCCUCUUCAGAUAGCCCUUCGACUCUACUCUAAAGCACAAAUAAAUUUUGAGAUGCUAUUUGGGUUUGUUCAGCUACUUAUCAACCGAGCUCCAUGGUCGAUAUUCAUCGAAUCAGGACAUUCUGCGAAGGCUGGGAAUGUUCCUAAAACUGCUUAUCAGAUAUUAAAGGAUAUAACCAUUGACAAUACGCCGGAGGGUAUGCAAGCCAAGGCCAGAGCUGAAGAGUUACUUAAAAAGGCCUGUAUCGGGUAUGAAGGAAAGAUGUGGGAUGUCAAGACUGCAGAACUUACCAACACCAUUACCUCAGAGGACAAGAUUCGAUAUCUGUACUCAGAUAUUAAAUCAGAUGGCAUUUCGGAAGUAAUCAACAAAGCCUACAUCGAAACCAUCAAAAAUAACUCAGGACUCAAAUUCGAGACCACAUUGGAAUUUGUGAAAUUGCCAUACUGGAGCUCGCAGCAAUCUUCGCCAUUGGAAAGCCAGCCAUCCCAUAAUGAUAAACAUUCAGAACUUGAUCCAUAUAUUCACCUGUUUGAAUGGUUGUGGGACUCAGGCACAAAGAAGAUCUUUCGGUUGGACAUAGACGACGUCGGACCAGAGCCACACACGAACGCCGGAAUUCGAGAAGCUCUCAAAGGCAAUGGGCUAAACAAGUCUCGAGAUUUCGAGAUCGAGAUUUGGAAAUGGAAGAAAUUUGAUAUAUGUACCGAAACCGUCUCAUUUGCAGCUCCUGAAGCUCGACAUGUUCACCUUUGGUCUUCUGGGAACACUGCUGUCCUCAGGGGCUGGGCCAGUGGUUCUGGGCUCGCUAAGUUACAACAUCUUGAAAAAUUGACAAUUAAGAUUUGUCCUAAGAACAAAAAAGAUGCGAAUGAUUGUGAAGAAUAUCUCGAAGAAUUUAAACUCAGUCUUCAAGAUCAUUGCAAAAAGCUUAAGAGGGAAAAUAUCUUUGUUCACAUUGACAAAAAUUCUUCCAUUCUCCGGGGAGGAGCGGAGAGAAGUGCGGCAGGAGAUGGCCAAGAUGUCCCGAAUGACAUGAGCGAAGAGACGCCAAGUUCCGAAGAUUGGCUGGCGAAACUCAAAGACUUUCAAGAGUUCAUAGGCCUGCUCAAUCAAGGAUCAAAACAGACUGUCAGAGUAGCGAUUCUUGAUGAUGGCUUCAGGCUAAUCAAAUCUUGGGGUAAGAAUUACAAGGCACAAUCAUUUUGCCAAGAGAAAGAACUAUACUUCGCAGGUUCAUGCGAACAUGGAACAGAAAUGGCAACCUGUGUUUGGGAAGUAUGCCCCUGGGCCGAGCUCUUUAUCGGUCGUUUGGACGAUACACAGAUGCUCGAAGAACAAGGCUUCACAAUACAGUCCUGCUGCAAGGCUCUGAAAUGGGCUUUAGCCAUGGAAGUAGAAGUCAUAUCCAUGAGCUGGACGUUCCCGGCAAAGAAAGACAAGGAUGUUGACGAGUACAAAGACGAAUUCAACUCUCUCAUUGCAGAAGCUCUGCGAAGAAAUAUUGUGCUUUUCGGAUCUCUUCCAGACAGAGGCCCUACUAUCAGGAUCCCAGAUUUAGUGCCAAUAGGCCUACCUGGGGUUAUCCGAAUCGGAUCUGCAACAGUACAUGGCAUAAGCGCUCCGGAGAAUGAACAUGGAGGUCCAGAUUUUCUCCUCCCUGGACAUCCGAAGCUUGACGAGGGCAAGAACUCCAGCGGGAGCUCCUACGCAACCGCAUUCGCUUCCGGCCUCGCUGCCACAGUUCUUCUGGCCAUAAAAGUAUACGGAAAUCUCCAAAACGAAUGGGCUGACGAUACAAGGAUUGGCAGAUGUUUGAAGCAAGCGCGAACCUCCGGAGGGAUGAAGAAAAUAUUUAAACGACUCAGCCAGCAGAAACCAGAGGCUGAGAACCCAAGAGGCUUCUAUGUUCGACCGUAUCAUACUUUCAGGGGCAAUUUUGAAACCACUUCAGCCGAAAGCAAGACGACUUUGGGAGACAUUGUGCAUAGUAUGGUACUUUGCGACCUAGAAUAUAAAUAGUUGUUCAAA